AUGGCCGGGCCAUUCCCCGUUAACUUCAACAUGUCUACAGCUACGCAACCUCGCCAUGCAAACAUCGUCGAACAGUUCCGCGCCGUGCUACUGCCUCCGGCAGAUAUUAUUGUCGACGGAGAAAUCCAGGACUCUAAAGACGUUGUUCAUCAUCCUAUCCUCCUCGAGGAUGGUCAGCGUGUCGAUUUCGCUGCUGCGCGGGCCCUCAAGACCCUGCUGGCAAUUCCUGCUCGCGACGCGAAGGCUGUCAGUGCAGCCAAAGCACACUUAUCGCAGAGUGCUCUCCAGGUGACCAACCAUGCACUUCCUGCCGCGAUGAACUGGGUGAAGAACGCGUUCAACGCCCUGGUGCAAGUCUUGGACGACGAUAAGGACCAUCCGGAUGUCCUGUACAUCGUCUCCACACCCGAACUUGCCCUGAACGGCUAUCAUGACUCAAACGAGAAACGCACCAAGUGGAGUGGAUCAAACGCCAUCCCUUUUUCUCUCGCCUCCAAGAUUGUUGCGGAAGCCCAGAGGCGACUGGACGAGGCUCCAUUCUCUGCGCGCCGCAUCUUGUUCACUUUCACUUGCUGUGCCUACUUCGACGAGUUCUCACGUCUCGAGAUUCCCGUCGAAGGUGACUUGAAAUUCGCGAGUUACACCACCAUCCUUUCUCCGAACUACCGCUCCCAGGUGGUGACGAAGUUUAAGCCUAGUGAUGUCGACGGCUUCGUAUCACCCGUCCUUGGUUCCACGGGAAACAUACGCAACUCGCUUUUCGAUUACUGGAUGAAAGGGAAGGAGAAUGCCGAUGGGAUUGCAACAGACCGCCAGGACACCGUCGUCACCACGCAAUACGCCGGCAAAGGUGCCGUCAACUUGAAAAUCGGAUUCGCGAUUUGCCAAGACGUUCUCAACGACGACGCGAAUGGCGCCCACAAGGGCGCCCAGCUUAUCGUUCUGAGCGGAUCCGGAGCGCCAUUCUACCGACCUGGUAUCAAAGAUACCAUCCAUCCAUUUGUAUAUGAUGAUAUCCUCUCAUGGUCCACAUCUACCGAUCUAAAUGGUCCUCGAUGGACUACUGCGCAAUUGAACCAAGCAGGUUACUAUCGCUGGGGCGGUAACUCGAAGACCGGCCUUACCGUUGCCGAGAAGUGGAAGGACACCCCAAAAUCGAGGGAUCCCUUUGGCCUCGAUAAAUCGAUGGCUUCCUGUUUUGUAGAGGCCGGAGUGUUACACGAGCAUGCCGGUUCCCCCUCUCCAGGCCUCUUCAAGAGUGUGACCACCAACGCUGACGAAGUCCCGGUGUAUUGUCUGACCGACUUUAUCGAUUUUCAGUAG